CUUUCCUCGACGUUUUUUUUUUUUUUUUUUUUUUCUUCCUGUUCUUGUAAUUUUCUUUCUCAACGGCGGGUAAGAUGAAAAUAUGGUUGUCUGUAUUUGUUCUCCUGGUGCUCUCAAAGAUCCAACUUCACGUGCAUGGAGAGGCGCAAGUACCUUGUUUUUUCAUAUUCGGAGACUCACUCGCCGACAGUGGCAAUAAUAACUUGCUUCCGACAGAGGCUAGAGCCAAUUACCAGCCAUAUGGUGUUGAUUAUCCUUCUGGAACAACAGGAAGAUUUAGCAACGGCCGGACCUCCUUUGAUAUCAUAGGUGAACUUUUGGGCUUCGAAAACCACAUUCCACCCUUCACAACUGCUAAUGGCUCGGACAUCCUCAAAGGUGUGAAUUAUGCAUCUGGGUCAGCAGGCAUUCGCAAUGAAACUGGGCAGCACUUGGGUGCUCACAUCAGCUUGGAUGGACAGUUAAGGAAUCACCAAGUUACAGUCUCAAAAAUUGCAGGGUUACUAGGAAACAAUGUCUCAGCCGCCACCGAGUACCUUAACAAGUGCUUAUAUUCAGUUGGAAUGGGAAAUAAUGAUUACAUUAACAACUAUUUCCUGCCCAAACAUUACCCAACAAAACGCCUGUAUUCUCAAAACCAAUACGCUCAAGUUCUUAUCGAUCAAUAUUCUCAGCAAAUAAAGAGUUUGUACAAUAACGGAGCAAGGAAGGUUGUACUGUUUGGAGUAGGACGAAUAGGGUGCACUCCCAAUGCAAUUUCUUUGCAUGGCACGACAAAUGGAUCGCUGUGUGUAGAUAAAAUGAACAAAGCUGUUCGACACUUCAACGUGAAGCUUAAACUACUCAUCAAUCAGCUCAAUAGCAAUCUAACUGAUGCACAUUUUACAUACGUUAAUGCUUACAGGAUGGGAUCCAUGAACGUGUCAGCUUUUGGUUUCAAGGUUUGGAACGUUGGGUGCUGCCCGGUAGGGGAAAACGGGCAGUGCCUUCCCGACCACCAAAACACAAUAUGCAAGAACAGGACGGAGUACUUGUUCUGGGACUCUUUCCAUACCACUGAAGCUGUAAACAUACUUACUGCGGCGAGAUCAUUCAGUUCUGUUGACGAAUACGAUGCCUAUCCAAUGGAUAUCAGUCGUCUAGCUAAGCUUUAAUCAUGGAGCUCCGAUCCGGAUCCAUCUCUACUGGCGGCCGUGUGAUUCAUCUAUCAUAUGAUUGUUUUUUUUUGUACCUUGUAAACAAUUAUUUAUCACGAGAAAGUUCCUAGAACGACACGUACGGUACUGUAUAUUAAUUGUUCAUGGUACAAUUUUCUAAUGAAUCAA